AUGGACGAAACUACGUCGCUGCUAAAUGGGCGCCCCGGGAUUGUGGCGACGGCGGAGACGCUGGAGAAUAUACCAAGGGUGUCGUCGGACCGCGCAGUGCAGACCCAGUUUUCGCUGCUCGUCUUGUUGUACGCCCGCAAGAACGUCAAGGAGAUUGCCAGUGGCACGCCCUGGGAAAUGAUGCAGCAGGCGAAGAAAAGGGAGAAGUUGGCAGAAAGGACCGAGUCAGACUGCAUGGCGCUUUGGAGUGAAUUCUGCGAGGAGGACGAGGAUGUGGAGUCUGUGCUGUUUGGAGAGAUGGACGGGAUGCGGAUCAUUGAUCUGUUGGACGCUGCCCCGGAUGCACUCCUCGACGACGAGCUGUUCUAUGCGACGAUGGCCAGCGUCUGGACAAGGCACGGCCGUGCUGUUCAUAUACUCGACGUGGCUGCGAGAUUGGCGACGUACGGUCUGUUGCUGAGUUACGUGAUGCACCCGCCUGACCGGUCGACGAUCUACGUGUCCGGCGCAUACAUGGGCGGGCGCGAGUGGGCGUUAUUGCUGUUGUCGCUGUCGACGGGCUCUAUCCUUGUUUUGUUGGCGUUUGUGUUGUCAGCGCCGCCAUUCCCGGAAGACGCGUCGUUCGGGCUGCUGCUAGUGGCUGCGUUCGUGCUCACCUUUCAACUUCCUUUUAGUGUGAUCCACUACCUUCCCGCCCUCCCGCUCAUCAUCGCCCUCAGGAGGAGAGUCGCAGAGACCGUGUUCCCGAUUGUCGCCCUGUUCCUCCCCGCCCUCCUGCUCACCUGUUUCCUUCUCUCCGCCUCACUCAACAACGUCUUUCUCGCCGCCGCCAUCCCGAUUGAGACGCGCUCCUUUCUCCUCUUUCUCUUCUUUGCUAUCAUUGUCGUCGUCUUUUUAGCCCUUAUUCUCGCUCCAAGUCCCGUUCACUUUGCCAACGACAAAUGGAAACGGUACGGCCCAGCUGUCUGUCGCGAAGCCAGGUUGUCCUUUUAUCGAAUCGCGAUCACCUACUCGACUCGGUGCUACUUUCCUCCUCCGUUCAAUCUACUUGACUUCCUUUUCUUCCGUCCUCUGCUCAAUUUCGGUAUCACUGUCCGGUCCUUCUUUUGGCGCCUUACCAUUGGUGUGAUUGUGUACAUCAUCAACCGUCUCUUCCUUGCGACAGACUAUGCAACGCGAUUCCUAUGUAGAUAUUUAUCCCUUUGA